UGAGAACAAAAGGGGAAAAAGCUGCAAAGCUAUUCGUUUUGCUCAUCCUAGGACCUCAAAGUGUUCUUCGGAAGAUUGCAACUACCCCUAUUAACUAUUAACUCUAACCCAGUGUGGCUACAUUGACUGCCUUCGGUAGCUUAACCAGUGGCCAGGACUAAGUUGCAGCUCCUGUCACCACAGCCCAGUGUCAAGUUACCUUGUGUAAGGCUAGCCAGUUUUUAGCAUUUCAUCGGAUCCGCUGCAGAGGUGUCGAAAGCAGGAGAGUAUAUAAGUUAAAAUGCUCCCUGACAAAGAUGGUCCAGGUGUUGGAGGAGGGCAGAGCUCGCCCAGAGAAGAGGACCCCUCCGUGAGUCUGUUCAGGGACUACCUUCGUCUCAAAACUGUCCAUCCUGAACCCGACUACGAGGCUGCUGUUAGGUUCCUGGACAAAUUAGCAGAGGAGCUUGAGCUGCCGAUGAAAAAGAUUGAGGUUUGUCCAGGCCGAAUCGUGUCAAUCAUGACUUGGGAAGGGACAAAACCCACACUGAAAUCCAUCUUACUGAAUUCCCACACAGAUGUUGUACCUGUUUACCAGGAACAUUGGAAAUACGAUGCUUUCAGUGCUUUCAAAGAUGCAGAGGGCAACAUUUAUGCCCGGGGAACACAGGACAUGAAAUGUGUAACUAUACAGUACAUCCAGGCUGUCAGAAGACUGAAAGCUGGGGGAUGGAAACCGGCACGCACUGUGCAUCUAAUGUUUGUUCCUGAUGAGGAGGUCGGAGGUCACAAAGGAAUGGAAACAUUUGUCACACAUCCAGAGUUUCUGAGGUUAAACAUUGGCUUUGCGCUUGAUGAAGGUCUUGCCAAUCCUGGUGAGGCAUUCACUGUCUUUUAUGGAGAAAGAAAUCCCUGGUGGAUUACUGUCUGCUGUCCAGGAAGUCCAGGUCAUGGGUCCAGGUUUGUGGAAAAUACAGCCGCAGAGAAGCUGAGGCAAGUUAUAAACUCCUUUCUGGACUUUAGAGAAAAGGAGAAACACAGGUUGAACACCAGUGAGUGUUUCACUCUAGGUGAUGUCACCACAGUGAACAUGACCAUGGUUAAAGGGGGUGUGGCUUACAAUGUCAUCCCAGCUGAAAUGGAUGUCAGCUUCGACCUGAGAAUACCCCCUACAGUAAACCUUCAGGAGUUUGAGAGACAGAUCAAGCAGUGGUGUAAGGAAGCAGGGGAAGACGUGACAUAUGAGUUUGCUCAGAAACACAUGAACCAGAAUAUCACAUCAACAGAUGAGAAAGACCCCUGGUGGAGCGCCUUCAGUACUGCCUGCAAGCUAAUGAAUGUGACUUUAGAAAAGGAGAUCUUUCCAGCUGCCACAGACAGCCGUUUCAUCCGAGCGAUGGGUAUUCCGGCUAUUGGCUUUUCUCCGAUGAACCAGACCCCCAUUCUGCUGCACGAUCACAACGAGUAUCUGAAUGAGCACGUCUUCCUGAGGGGAAUCGCGGUGUAUGAGAAGCUCAUUCCGGCUCUAACCAGCGUCGCUGCCUUACCUGAUGAAGCUUAGACAAGUUCUCAUAUAGAAUGCUCACUGAAACACAUUUCACAUAUAAUAUCAUUUUUAAACUUGAGAAAUUAGGAGAGAUAACCAAAGAAUAGCGUAUGAAUCAUAAAGCCAAAUUGAGCACUUUAGCUUUGGUGCUCUUAAUAUUCUCAGGAUGUAGGCACAGUGCAGUGCAUUACUUGGUGUUGUAGCAGGUUUCAUCAACAAGAUUAACUGUAUGGAAACAUCGAGUGAGUGGGUUUGUGUGAAUGUAGUCUAACAUGAAAACACAUUUAAAGUGUUAAAAAAGAUUUUUCACUAAUAUGGAAGAAUCAACUUCCUACAAUGUGAAUAUUACGUUUACUUAUAUCAAAUGUAUUACUGAUUAAUUAAAAAUUACGAUUCCACAGAUAGAAUCUUAUUUAAUAAACUUUCAAUUGCUAAUUCAA